CACAAUGGUGGACGUUUCAAAAAUAUUUCCAAAAUUUUCUAAGUUUUCGCUUUUGUAAAUCACGAUUUGAGCGUAACGACAACGAUCGAAUCAUGACACAAGAAAGAAAAGAUACUGGUGUCAAGUCUACAACUGGUAGUACAAGAGAUCCAAGAAAGGAAGAUGUUAAAACAAAAGAAAAGAAAGAGAAAGUUCUCCCUCCUUCAAAAGUUAUUGUCCGAAGAUUGCCACCAACAAUCACAGAGGAAGCGUUCAGGGAACAAAUCUCACCUAUCCCAGAAAAUGACUACUUCAUGUUUUCAAGAGGUGAUAUGAGCCUUGGUCCAUAUGCAUUUGCCAGAGCCAUCAUCAACUUCAUCAAUCAGGAAGAUUUGUAUAUUUUUACAGAAAAGUUUGAUGGAUACGUGUUUGUGGACAGUAAAGGUAAUGAGUACCCAGCCAUUGUGGAGUUCUGCCCAUAUCAAAAGGUCCCAAAGAAAAAGGCAAAGAAACCGGACAGUCGGAAGGGAACGAUUGAUGAUGAUGCCGACUACAAGAAAUUCCUUGAGGAUCUUAACAACCCAGAUCAGGAGCCUGCGCCAACCGUUGACAGCUGCCUGGAGGAGAUUGAGGCCAGGGAGCGCGAGAGGAAGGCAAAUGGUCCAAGGACAACGACACCUUUGAUAGAAUUUCUCAAGAAAAAGAAGGAGGAAAAAAGAGCAGCUUUACAGAAAAUCAAAGAUGAUAGACGGAAGCGUGAGAUGGAGAGAAAGAAGAUGAAAGAUGACGAGCGACGGAAGCGCCGUGAACAGGAACUGAAGCAGCGUGAGAGGCUGGACAAGGAGAAGUCUGGCAGGGACCGCGAUAGGGAGGAGAGGGUCAAAGGCAGGGAGUCUGAGACGAAUAGAGAGAGAGAAAGGGGCGAUAGGGACAGAGAUAGAGGUGAUAGGGAUAGAGAUAGGGGUGAUAAGGACAGAGAUAGGGAUAGAGAUAGAGGUGAUAGGGAUAGAGAUAGAGAUAGAAAUAGGGGUGACAGAGAUAAGGACAGAAAUCGAGACAGAGAUAUUAAAGACUCUAGAGAUCGGGAUAGAGACAGAGGUGAUCGGGAUAGAAAUCGAGGAGAUAGGGACAGAGACACAAGGGAUAGGGACAGGGGGAAUACUAGAGAUCGGGCUGAUAAGGAUAGGGUUCGAGAUCGAGAUAAGGAUAGGGAUAUAAAUAGAGAUAGGGGAACUGACAGAGGAGGAAAGGAGGAUAGAGAAAGGGAUAGGAAGGAAGAUAAGGACAAGGAUGUGAAGGAAAGACUUGAGAAAAAAGAGGUUGCUCCGAAAGAGGAUAAAAAAGAUACUGACAAGGACAGUACAGAAAAUGAAAAUGAUGCUAAAGGUAUAAAAGAUAAGGAUGACGGGGCAAAAGAUGGAGAUAAGGAAAAUGGGGAAAAGGAUAGAGAUACGGAUAGAGAUAAUGAGAAGGAUAGAGAUAAGAAGAAGAGUGAUAAGGAUGAAAUUACUGUGAGGGUCCUGAAAAAUCCCGAGCGCGAGAAGCAACGUCAGCGAGAGGUGGAGAAGUUUCGGCAGCGUGAGCGGGAUAGAGAGCGUGAGAAGGACCGCAGGGAUAACUACCGCGAUCGACAGAGGGCCAAAGAGGAUAGGGCAAAGGAGGAGAGAAAUAAAGGGAGGGAGGACGAUAAAGAAAGAAGGAAAGACACUGCCCCUUCGAAGGAUCAUGACCAGAAGUCGAAACCGAGGGACAGGGAUGAAAGAGAGGGGUCAGCUCCCAAGGAUAGGGGCAAACCUGGCAGCAAUAGAGAUCGGGACAGGGACAACCGAGAUCGUGAUAGAGGGAGAGAUAACAGAGACAGGGACAGGGACAGGAGAUCGAGUGGUUACAAGAAAGACACUGCCAAACCAGAUGGUAAACCAACAGAUAAAAGGGAUAAAGAUAAGGAGAGCGUGCGUCCGAAAAGCUUUGCCGGGGAUACUGCCAAGUCUAAAGAUAAGAAGGAUGACGGUGAUCGGACGAGGGACACAAAGUCUGCGGAACCACGGGAGUCAAAGUCAUCCGAGUCGCGAGACACAAAGUCGGCUGAGCCUAGGGACAAGGGUGAUGACGGGGAGUCGAGACGUAGUAAGGGGAGUGAUGCGGGGAAGAGUGAGGAAACUUUGAGAAGGGAGAGGAGAGAUAGGAUUAGGAAUAAGGACCGGCCUGAGCGUGAGAUAUAUCAGCCUGGACGGCGCCGUGCGGAGAUCGAGAGGAAAAUAGCAGAACGCAAACACGAUACCGACAAGGUUGAUGCUAAAAGUGGUGCUAGCGAUACAGGGGAUGAGGGGAAAGCAGGCUCCGAGGAGAAAUAGACUUAGUGACAUCAAGCGCUUUGAAAGUUAAAAAGCUUUUUGCAAAUGACUUCAUAGAACUUGCAGCGCUUUGUAGAAAUUUGAAUUCGAUUGUCCACUACUAUUUAUAGAAAAUGUCGCUAGAUUACCAAAAACUGAGGAAUUCUGGCUUCAGAGUCGCAUCCUAGUUUAUUUUUAACAUUGCAUUUCUUGUUGACUGAGGCUUCAGUUUGAAUAUGUAUGAAUAUUCUGUUUAAUAAAGUUUGUUUUGAUUAGA